CGCGUACCCUGAGGCGCGGCCCGGCGCAGGAGAAAGAGGCGAGCAGCGAGCGGAGACUAAAGUGAGAGAGAUUCACAACCACAAUGGCAGACAUGGCGGCUGCCACCGUCACCGUAAAGAUGGAGGCGGAUGGGGACACGGGAGAUCCGCCCCAGGACUUUGUCAAAGAUUUCCAGGAGUACCUCACUCAGCAGACCAACCAGGUCAAUCUCAUCUCAGGUUCCAUUGGUUCUGAGACAGAUCCAGAGCCUCUCAAUGGAGUGGGCGAUCCCUCAGCCCUGGCGGACAAGAUGGAGGGCUGCCUGGAGGAUGGGCUCGGGCUGCCGCUCGACGGCUACGAGCGCACGCAGGACGGGAAGCUCAAGUGCAAGUACUGUGACUACGCGUGCAAGGGCACGGCGCGGCUCGAGGAACACAUGAGGACCCACACCGGAGAGAAGCCUUAUCGCUGCCACCUGUGCUCCUUCGCCUCGGCCUACGUGCGCCACCUGGAGGCGCACAUGCGCUCGCACACGGGGGAGAAGCCCUACAAGUGCAACCUGUGCUCGUUCCGCUGCAGCGACCGCAGCAAUCUUUCCCACCACCGCAGGCGCCGCCACAAGACCUCGGGCCUAGUUGGCCUCUCAGGGCUGGCCCAGCGAGGGAUCCUGGCCAACCGCCGCAGCUUGCUGGGACUUGGGGCAGCGUUCGUGCGCAGGGCUCAUCACGCCUACCCAGGGCACUCGGGCUCGCUGUCGUCCGCGUCUUCGUACAACUUGCAUCAGCACGGCGGAGGCGGUUACGGAGGACGACGUGCGAGCCUGAGCCUCAACAUGAGCCCACCGACCAUGGUGGGCAUGGGCCACGGUUCCAUUGCACCGCAGUCCAAUGCGAGAUUUCACGGGGAUGACCUGGCUCCGAGUAUGCGGAACUACAGUUCUCUCUCCGACGGCGGCGUCGCCCCGGAAAUGAGUGAGGAGACGCCGCUCAGCCAGUUGUCGGCUCUCGCCGGGCAGAUUUCCUGCUUGGUGUCUGGUGAAGUUCGCGGUACUCAGACGGCGCACGCCGACCAACGCGGUCGCGCCGGGAACAUAUGCGAGACGGGGAGGAUCAACGAGCAGGAGGAGCUGGACUGCAGCGAGACGCAAGGGAUAAUCUGCAGCGAAACCGGACAGCUCAUCGAAGACGGCAACAAGGAUGGAUUGGCGUUGCAAGAACGGGAUGGAAAAAUAAUGGAACACCUUUACGCAGCGCACAAUUUGGAAAUGCCUGCAAACGGUCCAGUGGUCGCUGCAUCCAUCAGUCUAGCCCAGGAGCAUUCUCCAGCUCAUUCUAGCCCAGAGCCCCAGUCUCAUCACUCAGCCCAGCACCACCACCACCACCAGCAGCAGCAUCAUCACUCGCAGCCCUCUUCGAGGCAGACAUCGCCGUACCCGAACAAGCAGGAGAGUGGGCACCACCCUCCCAGUGGGUGCAGCCCGAUCAGACUGACGAGCAGCAGUGAGAUGAGUCUGAGAGCCAACACGCCGAGCAGCACGGGGAGCCACCGGAGCACACCCGCCCUGCCCGUGCUCCAGACUCCCGGCUCCUGCCCCCAAGGGGGGCGUCUCUCCCCCAUGCGUGGACCCCCGGCCCUCACAAACCAGGCUGACACAGAGGCCCACCAGUGCCCUCACUGUGACAUAUACUUCCCAGACAAUAUACUCUACACCAUUCACAUGGGCUGCCAUGGCUAUGAGAACCCCUUCCAGUGCAAUGUUUGUGGCUAUUGCUGCCACGAUCGCUACGACUUCAGCUGUCACUUCGCACGAGGGCAGCACAAGCGCUGAAGAUGCACAUCAAGGGAACAUUGAGAUUAUAAAAGUAAUAAAAAUAAAUAAGCAGGCAAUACACCAAUACGAUACAUAUGUCCCUCCACAUACAAAUUCAAGUUUUCUUUAGACAUCCCAUCAGCCACACGACCUUCCUUCUAGGAGUGCAUCAUUUCAGGAGCAUAUAUCCAACACAUGCUUACUCCAGACAGGUUUUUACAUUGUCUCAUCAGCAGUCGAGCUUGCUUGAACCAAUGUUGAUGAACUGCCAUGCGAAUGAUUGUUGCAUAUUGUAUGGUUUGCAUCGAAGUAGGACCCAUAUCUAACAGAAAGGGUCCUUGCCUAUACGCCUGACGGCAAGCACGUUAUGCCAAUGCGUUCUAAGCUUGCUGAUGAGACACUAAAUGUUGAAACCGGCCCAUCGUUUGCUUAUGUUGAACGAAUGCUGUGAAUAUGGUCUCCCAGAAGGCCAUGUUGCAAAUGUGUAAACAAAUACUUGGAUUUUUCAUCUGGAAAGACGGAUAUGUGGAGGCAUAUUGUCUUGAUUAUUUAUUGAGAUUACAACUUAGAUUCCUCAGCUGUUUUUUGGCUAUAAACUGCUGUUAGCAGAAAUACUACAUUGAGCUUUAGAAAGCACUGGUGUAACGUUGACAUUGUGUAAUAUAUUUACCAACAAUGCCAAUGCAUACAAUGUUUACAUGUAGUGUAGUUUGUAGAGUUAAAAAUUUAUGCUUUUUUUAUGUUUGUAACAAAACAUUCAGUAGUGACACGGAGGCCUUUCGUCACAGGCUGGGAGUCGCAGCCUCUUUGUUACGGUUAGUGUUUUGCAAGUGUUUGUUACACGCUGUGUAUUGUCUCAGCCAAAGUAGUGUUUCGUUUAUAUUCUUCGGCAUGUAUAUUGAAGCACGGUCAUUGUCAUUUUUAAUCUAAACAAACCUACAACCAAUGCAAAGUAACCACAAAUCAUUUAGAAUGUGUAAUGCACACAGUUUUCAUGUGCUCACUCUCGGGAGAGAUUAUGGAGAGGCACGGGAAUCCAGACAAGCGGGAAGGCGGCCAGAACCGAAGCCAAUAAUUGUCCAAACUCUUUGGUCCUAUAUUGGGAUGUUUGACCAACGCCGAUAGCACUCUGUAAGUAUGCAUACGUAAGAAUACAAAGGGUUGGAGCACGAUGUCAGAGUAGUGGUUGAGUUUGGCAUUCAACCGCAUAAUGCAACCAUGGUGAUGGAAUUCACAUGCUGCCACCCACUGGAUUACAUUUGUAGGCGAAAUUAGAGCCCAUGAAGCACCAAUACUGCAGUGAUUCACAGGCAUGCCGCGCAAAAGGCCCAGGUAUGCUAUGGUAUUUUCAGAAUUAGAGGAAAGCGUCCCACCCUCUUCUCUUCAUUGGUCGUGGCAGAGUGCAAGACAGCUUUCAUCCUCCAACUCUAGACUUCUCAACUUCUUCGGUCGUGCAUGCACAGUUGUGCAGACAGACGGAGGCACACAGAGACGGAAACAGAGAUGCAACAAACACAAAGAUCCCCCAUAUAGCCUAAACAUACUUUUGGGGAAAGUGCUGUUCGCGAGUAGCACCUGUGAAGGCCACACAGACAAAUACACUCAAACACAGAUAUGAUGACAGACACGGAGAGACAGAUCCACAGUCAUGGAAACAACAGCUGCCAAUCGCCACUAAGUCGUGGUGACGUCACCCCGCUGCUUGUGCCAGGCUAGGUGAAGUUUGAGGUCACGCGAAGUAUCGAAGGCUGGCUGGCACGUCACAGGAAAGGCCCAGGUGCCAUUGGUUGACUGAGAUGAGGGGCAGAUACACCAUCUGUGCUCCCUACUGUCAACUUGCUGUUUUUUUUUAGUCACUCGGCGCUCCGCUCAUUGUGAAUGUCGCUCCGCUCUUUGUAAAUGUCGCUCCUCUGCCCUCUGCUGUUGUAGGAGGGUAAUUGCCCAGCAGCGUCCUUCAUGACUCUCUUCCAUAGAGGCCGAUCUUGACUCUGCUGGUAUUACUCUUCCUUAAGUCCACUAAGCUCCAUUUCAUCAUUUACCACAUUAGUCCAUCUCUUCUCUGUCCCAUGCCAUGUCCGGUUAGCCUGUAUCCGAUUAAACAAGCUGCUUGGGCAAGCGGUGGCUGGGCAUGCGGGGGUAUAUGACCCAGCCAACGCAGCCUUGCUUCAGAUCUCUCAAGGAUUUGUGAGCUUACACAAUCCAGCCUGGUUAAACCCGGGCCAGCUCGAAUGUUUCUAAACGGCGCAGAUGUUCCAUUCCAGGUGUCCACGUUUCGUAAACAUAGCUACGGAAUGGCAUAACUGGCCGGGAAGACCUGGAGCUUCGUGUUGAGCAAUAGACCAGGUAGCUUCCACACAACGUUAUCCCGCUGAAGAAAACAUAAUGCCGCUCUGCUGAUUCGGAGUGAGACCUUUGCUGCCAAACCAGAGCUGUCGUAAAGCACAUGACCCAAGUACAGAAACUAGUCUCAAACGGUGUUAGACCAUAGGACGCCAAAAGGCGUGGACCAAUCAGUUUCAAAGACAAUGCAUAUCCUAUCGGAGUAUAUUCUUAGGUUUUUUCGGUAAAGUCACGUAGGUAAAAACAUUAAGAAAUAAAAUAAAAAUCACGACGUUUCGGAGGCAACACAAGCUUCCGUCUUCAGGUGGUACCGUCACAGCCACGACAGCUGUAUCAAGUAAAUGAGAGAUUGCAGGAGCUACCACUCCGUUUAUAUAAUGGUUGGAGAAGGUGGUGGGGCACGGGCCGCAUACUUAUUAUUAAUAUGGUAAGGUGAGGCUUGAGACUAAGAAUAGACUGCAUAACAAAGGCUGAGCCUUUGUUAUGGAGAGGUGCGGUUUGUGACUCAACCUGUAACAGGGAGACCACCACUAAACAUGGUAAAACAGUAAUGGUUGUCUGUCAAAUAAGAUUGGCAAAUAAGUGUAGUUAAAUCUUUUUUGCAUGGUUAAUCACAUCUUUCCAAUGAUUACUCAGUUUGUAACCGUCAUCACGGUUGAAAUUAUGUCUGUGUUUGUAUAUUUGUAUGACUUUACCGAAAAAAACCUAAGAAUAUGAAUAAUUGCAAUCACGAAAGCUUCAAAUCUAGAACUAUCGGAGUAUGUUUUUGUUUGCAUUUUAACCACAAGUAUAUGUGGUUAAUGCAGACAUGAUUCCUUGUAAAAGGUUUAAGUUUGGUGUUUUAACAUCUUAACACCUGUUUUGUUGCCAGAAAAAAGGGGAAAACCUAUUCUCAUAUUUUGAUACUGGCAAAGGAAAUCCCAUGAUGUAUCUUUACCAAUGCCUUUCCCGGCACGUUGAGGGAGAUGCCCCGAAAGUUAAAGUCAGUGCGUGUCCCCCUUUUUGGCGACAACCAGGGCAUCAUUGUAAUCCUACGUAACCCGUCCUGUGGUCCAGACAACUGUAAUAGUGUCACAAAGGGCAGCCAGCACGCAAACACCACCCUCGGCAAUGCGCUUGAAAAGUCAUCUCUGCCCAGCGCUUGACUUUGUCUGAGGCUCUGGAUAGCCUUUCACACUUCCUAAACAGAUGGCACGUUAGCCAAACACUCCAGCUACUUCCUCCAAAAUUUGAGGUACAGCAGGCCCCAGCAGGGUCAACAAGCGGAUAACUUUUUUUAUGGAAUUAUAAAGUUCCUUGUGGUUUUGCACGACUGGAGCAUUUUCCCAUCUCCUCAGCAACCCGUGACCACCACUCAUCCUUGCAUUGCCAAACGGCUUUUCGAACCCCUGCGCAAAGGUUGUGGUAAACCUCACUCUUGGACGUUGGAUGGUGGGAGUGGGCCUGUCGUUUUUUCUCAGCUAGCCGGAACACUACCUCUUAGCCAGGGUCUCUGGGGAGAUUUGGACCGUAUCCCCAAUGCAGCCAUUUCCUCACGGCAUCAGGAGAUGGGGAUGAUGCCAACCCCAGUUGGACACGAUGAAAAUAUUGCAACUUUCAUCAGCUAGCCAAGACUAUUGUGGGUUUGAAUGUGGUCCUAUGUGGAUGCCCACCACCCCAGAAUGGCAGGCGCAUCUUACAGUUGACAAGUCGAUGUUCAGUGGGUAUAUCAGCUCCACGAUAGGUCCUGGUGUCGAGGACAUGUGCCUGUAUUCACUGCUCCGUAACUAUGUAUUCCAGCAAAUGUGUUUCCUUGGACCCGGCGUGCAUCCAUGAUGUGUGGAUGCACCGAUGUAUGGAACAGUGUUUUGGUAAUUACAAGCCCAUGACCUGCACAUAAAUCUAGCAGCCUCCUACCGUUAUUGAGCUAAUCUGGCCCAUGCCUUCCAGUUACUCUGGCCCACGUGCCUGCAUCAUAACCCACUCCAAUAAGUUGACUAUCCAGACUAGCCACGUUAGCCAGCACUUGGGAUAGGAGAUCAGAGCAUGCAUCCGACUCAUCGCCCUUGUCUGCAUCCCUCCAAUGAUUUUCAUUUUUGGUGGAAGCAUAGGCUACCACCACAACUUAUUUAUUACCACCACAACUAUUUAUCGCCGCAACAUCCUGGGACUCGCAGCUUCCCACACCACGCCUCCAUGCUCUCACACCUCCGUCAUAAUUUUGCUCUGAAGCAAAGUCACUCCCUGUUUAGCAGUUUCUUGCCUCGAGUGGAGGACUGGCCACCCUUAAUGACUGGAGCCAGAAUCAGUGGACCGGACAUAUAGACUCGAACACUGUCACAGAUAUGGAAACACAGACAAACAGACCCGAAUACACCGACUCGGCCACGAAUACACAAACCCACAGAGAAUAUUAGGUAAUGCAUACACAAACCCACAAUAUUAGGCAGGUCAUGCAAUUACAGACCCAAUUGUACUGGCACUCCGACAUUGAGACAGACACAUCCAAAUACACUAACAGAGACGCACAGAUAUGGAGACACUCGUAGAGACAGACCUGGAGCUUCACACAGACACGAAUACAGAGAUAGACAAACUAUGAGAGUCACGGAGAUGCACAAUUGGACAAAUUCUUGUCACAGAUUGUGGCAGCGCCACGUCAUUAUGUUCUCGAUAACAUAAGUAUAAGCAAGGCAUUGUGAAUUAACUCGACUACAAUGCAUUCCCAACUGGGGACGGAGAUUUGCUUUUGGGUCAGCCUGCAGUGAAGAUCUUACAAGCUGCAAUACUGCAUUGGGCAUAAUUUUUAAAAUGGGGGUCUCCAUAAUUGUGAAACUUAAUACACCACAGAGUGUUAUCUCUUGGUGCUGCGAUCUGACAAAAAUGUGGUUGAUUAGAAACUUGAAUCAUAGAACUGACCAUCGGAGUAUUGGUAGUUCCCGGUGCGUUAUACUGGUACACUGGUUCGUAACCUUGGCCAUUUUGAAGGUCGUUGCGGGUGGAGAGUGACUGUUACACUCCUUGCAGUCAAAGUGAUUUAAUGCUCUGAGCAUCGAGGCAAUGGAUACAGUGUUGUAUUUGCCCAAUGAGUAUACACAUCUAAAUGUUUUUCAGAAGUAUGUUUUGAUGUACUAUCGAAUAUAUUGAGUUAUUGGCUCAAUAGCGUUAACUUAUUAACACUUAAAAGGUAUAGGUUUUUGCAGCCAAUAUGAUCCUUGAUUGAUUUUUGAGGUUAGGCCAUGUAAUAGGUCGAAAAAAUGUUCGUAUCCCCUUAACCAUCCGACAUACCCAAACAAACGUAAUGUUCACGUGCACAAGCGUUUAACUCUCCAGUUAUUGUUUCAGCUCACCAGUGAGUUAAAGAACAAUAUUUUACAACCAAAUUUAACAGAUGAAAUGUUUCGCUUGCAACAGGUCAAGGUUCUUCAUAUCAUGAAACCAUAAAAUCAGGAAAGUUAUGCAUUACGUGACCCAUAAAUGAUGUAAUCUGUUCUGCCUGUGUGGGCUGAAUGCGGUCGCCCGGCCUCCCAUUGACCCAUUCUAACAUGUGCCUCCACUCGAGAACCAGCAUUGCAAGUGCUCCCGUUUAGGGAAGCGAGGUCAUCGCUUGCGAUUGGUCAAAUUUCACCAAAACACAGUCAUAAUUUCAGCUCUUGUGGUUUGUUAGAGCUCAUAUACCCUAUUUAAAAUACUAUAAUAUUUACCUUGGAAAAGCACAAAGACUAUGCCUCGCUCAAGAGCUCCAGCAUUAUCUGUCAGAGGAGCGAUGGAUAGCAGCUGCUGAUUUAAGCAUCAGUACUGACCGUGUGCGAGUUUGUGUCCCCAAUAGUCAUGAUUUAUCGAAGUUGGUUUGAUGGACAUGAUAUUAAUGAGGGUCCUGAAUUGACAUGAUUGGCCAAUAUCAAUGACAUUCUAUGUGCUUAGCUAUGGGAGAAACCCAUAGAAAAUCCAUACAGCAGAGGGGGAGAACAUAAAUGACAUCAUUUAAUGAAUACUUUUAAUAGGCAGACUAAUUUGCAGAAGACGAGGAAACUUUUAACCACUUGUUUGAGUGUGGUUUUAUAAUACAUUAAUCUUGUUCAAGAUGGUCACUCCACAAUGUUUUCUUAUGAACCCAAAACCUUUUGAAACACAAUAAUCACCCACCCAUCCUCUGACUUAAACGAACCCAUUUUCGAAUUAACAAAUGUCCGUUAAUCAAUUUCACAACAAUAUUCAUUCAAAUGUAUAUAACAAAAUUAGUCUCCAGGAAUUAUGUUUAUUUUCACAAUAAUCACUGAUGUCCAAUUUUGUUUAAAUGUAUAGCUGAAGGGGGUUGGUGUAGAGUUUGAAUUCAAGAAUCAUGUGAAGACAAUCACAUAUAACUGUGUUUUAGGUUUUUAAUUUUGGUGUAAUUCACAAAAACACAUUCUUUUAUUUUACGUAGCAUUGUUUAAAUUAGACAAUCAACAUGCAUAGUUACAAAUGGCUGAAUAAUUAAAUUAAUUGUUGAACGGAUUUUUGUUCGUUUGUUUCUCAAUCCGCUUGUCCUGGUGAAGGUCGCUUUGGCAGCAUGUUGAGUCGUGGCGAUCCAGACCUCCCUUUCCCUGGCGACAGACUUCAGCUCUUCCUGGGGAAUUCCCAGGCGUUCCCAGGCCAGUUGAGUGACAUAGUCCCGCCAGCGUGUCCCGGGCCGGCCCCGGGUUCUUCGCCUAGUGUUUUUGAUUUUGAGAAUUCUCCGUUAAUCAUAAUUUAGAAAUUAGACUUUAAUGAAUUUACAUUUUUUGAUGGCAGAUUUAUAAUUUCAAAUAACUUUUGCAUGUGUAUAAGUGGUACCUGUGCUAGUAAAUACAUUUUGAGUACUUGGUAGCCAUGCACGAAUUAAUCCUAAAAGUAACCGCAGUGAGAGUGAAACAUGUUGGCGCCUUCUGCCAUCCUCCAGCUCUCGCUACUUCUGCCAUCCUCCAGCUCUCGCUACUUCUGCCAUCCUCCAGCUCUCGCUACUUCUGCCAUCCUCCAGCUCUCGCUACUUCUGCCAUUCUCCAGCUCUCGCUACUUCUGCCAUCCUCCAGCUCUCGCUACUUCUGCCAUCCUCCAGCUCUCGCUACUUCUGCCAUCCUCCAGCUCUCGCUACUUCUACCAUCCUCCAGCUCUCGCUACUUCUGCCAUCCUCCAGCUCUCGCUACUUCUGCCAUCCUCCAGCUCUCGCUACUUCUGCCAUCCUCCAGCUCUCGCUACUUCUGCCAUUCUCCAGCUCUCGCUACUUCUGCCAUCCUCCAGCUCUUGCUACUUCUGCCAUCCUCCAGCUCUCGCUACUUCUGCCAUCCUCCAGCUCUCGCUACUUCUGCCAUCCUCCAGCUCUCGCUACUUCUGCCAUCCUCCAGCUCUCGCUACUUCUGCCAUCCUCCAGCUCUCGCUACUUCUGCCAUCCUCCAGCUCUCGCUACUUCUGCCAUCCUCCAGCUCUCGCUACUUCUGCCAUCCUCCAGCUCUCGCUACUUCUGCCAUCCUCCAGCUCUCGCUACUUCUGCCAUCCUCCAGCUCUUGCUACUUCUGCCAUCCUCCAGCUCUCGCUACUUCUGCCAUUCUUCAGCUCUCGCUACUUCUGCCAUUGGUUUAUCGUCACACAGGAAUGGUUUCUAUCUGGUUUAUAAUUUCUCAUUGUUUUUUGAGUGAAGCCACAAUGAUCUGGUCAAAUUUAUGUCAUAAGACCCUCCACCACCCAACAUAGCCAAAUGUAUAAAAUUGUCAUAUGUACAAGUGUUGAACGCGCUAAUUAUUGUUGUUUCAGCUCACCAGUGAGUUGAUCAAUUAUGAUCCCAAAAUUAAUUAUGAACCAUAAAAUUGGCUGCGAAACUGCACGUGUUGAGUCUAUCUGGUUUAUGUUUUGAGUUUUCUUGUUUUGUAAAGUCUCGGAAUGCGGAUGUGUAACGCUGGUCAACGAUCCACACGAAUUUAAAGUGGUGCUGAACAUGCAGCUCAUGAAGUUGCACGAGACAGCAUCGUGCUGUGGCUAUGCCUGAGCAGUUGUGCGUUGUUGGUAUCGUAUUAAAAUUAUUG